AUGCCAGUGCUCUGUCUGGGACAGAGGAUUCAGGCCCAAAAAUGGGACUUUCCCAUUCCUACCAUAUCUGCUGUCCCAAGUUCUGUGGUCCCCUGGAAUCAGACUGUGAAGGUUCUCUGUGGGGGAACUCCUGAGUCAUACCUGUACCACCUGGAGCUUUUGAGAAACACGGAGUACCGGGUGGUCAAUAAAAUACUGGGAUUUCAGAAGGAGGCAGCUGAAUUCAUCAUUCACCGCAUGGACGAAACCUCUUCAGGGCGUUACCACUGCCGAUACAGGAACCAGAAAGGCUGGUCGGAGCACAGCAAAGCCCUGGAUUUGGUAGUGACUGGGAACAUCCAGCAACACCUGGAGAUGUUGGUCGUCACCACUGGGAGCUAG